AAUUAUUGUUCGUACAUGUCGUAGGCAAAGUGUGGUGUUCUACUUGUCUUUGCGGAGCUGCGUUUUUCGUUCUUAAUUCAUGACUUUACGACCAGCUCCACUGUGAAAAAAAUCACUGGAAAUCAGAGAUGUCUUCACCGACGAUUGCCUAUUUUUACGACGCAGAUGUUGGCAAUUUCCAUUAUGGCCCGGGUCAUCCGAUGAAACCACACCGCUUAUCGCUGACACACAACUUGGUGCUCAACUAUGGGCUCUACAAAAAACUUCAAGUAUACCGACCAUACAAGGCCAACAUGCACGACAUGUGCCGCUUCCAUUCCGAAGACUACAUCGACUUCUUACAAAGAGUCACCCCACAGAAUCUACAGACGUUCACCAAACAUCUUAGCCAUUUCAAUGUAGGGGAUGACUGUCCAGUAUUUCCCGGCCUGUUCGACUUCUGUUCUAUGUAUACAGGCGCGUCGUUGGAAGGAACGACAAAACUCAAUAACAAUCUGUGUGACAUAGCAAUCAACUGGGCCGGGGGCUUACACCAUGCCAAGAAGUUUGAAGCCUCAGGAUUUUGUUACGUCAACGACAUAGUCAUCGCCAUUCUUGAAUUACUGAAAUACCAUCCGCGCGUAUUGUACAUAGACAUCGAUAUACAUCAUGGCGACGGUGUGCAAGAAGCGUUUUAUCUCACAGACCGAGUCAUGACGGUUUCCUUCCACAAGUAUGGCAACCACUUCUUCCCUGGUACAGGUGAUAUGUACGAGAUCGGCAUGGAGAGUGGGCGGUACUACUCCAUCAAUGUCCCCUUGAAGGAUGGCAUUGAUGAUCAGAUGUAUUUCGGUCUCUUCAAGCCGGUCAUCCAGAGUGUUAUGGAGUUCUACAGACCCAGCUGCAUUGUCCUACAGUGUGGUGCAGACUCGUUGGGUUGCGACCGGCUGGGCUGCUUCAAUCUUAGCAUUAAGGGCCACGGAGAGUGCGUCAAGUUUGUCAAGACGUUCAACGUCCCUACACUGGUGCUGGGUGGAGGGGGCUACACGGUCCGGAAUGUCGCACGCUGUUGGACAUUUGAGACAGCUCUUCUACUUGAUGAAGAUAUUAGCAAUGAACUUCCUUACAAUGACUACUUUGAAUACUUUGGGCCGGAUUUCACAUUGCAUCCAGACACGACAACUCGAAUUGAAAACCUCAACACAAAGCAGUACAUAGACCAAGUUAGGCAGACAGUACAAGAGAACCUCAAAUGUAUAGCGCAUGCCCCAAGCGUUCAGAUGCAGGACGUACCACCAGAUCUACUCAGCUUAGAAGAAACAGAAGAACAAGACCCUGAUGUCAGAAAUAGCACCAAGGACCAAGACACGAGGAUUGAGGCGGCGAAUGAGUUCUACGACGGUGACAAGGAUCAAGAUAAAGAAGACGUGGAUCUGGACGUAUGACAUCACCAUCACCAUGGCAAUACUAGUUAGAAAUAGUGAGUCGUCGUCAUAGCUCCAUCAGAAUACAUUUUCCGGAUCUGGCUGAACGGACGGACAGCCCUUACUAAGAUUGACACUUUACAAAAACCUGAGUCAUAGGUUCAAUUUUGUACUGAUUUAAAAUUUGUAUUACAUUCGUAAUAAUUUUAGCAUUAUUUCAAUGGUGGCAUCGUAGGGAAUUAAGCACCGUCGAUAUCAGAAUUGUCAAUCUAUUGGAAAUCCAGUAUCGAGAAUAUGUCAUGUAUCGAUUAUCCCGUGUUAAAGACCAUAAAGAUGACACUUUAAAUUAAAAAAAAAAAUCUUUAGUCCCAAUUUUCCACGGCCUCCUCCAUAUUGCUCAAACUUUUUAAAACAAACUUAGAACUAACAGUUUGUCCAGUCAGGCGGUUUGUUUUGAGGUUUUUCAUUGGGGAGACUGCAAAUUCCAGUGAACGCAGAGCACAAAGUGAUGCCGCUUGGUCUUUUUCGAUGAGUUUAUUUUGAGUCACAAGCACAAGUUGAUGCCAACUUUUAUUGCAUUGUACAGCAAACGUUAAACACAAAGUAAAAGCUGAAACGGGAGAUUUAUUUUGACAAUCUUUCGCAUUUUCGAUAUUUCAAUACGAUAACAAUUGCUAUCGGCAAUUUCGAUAUCAAAGUAAUAUUGAAUGAUCAAGUAAUAUCGAUAUAUUGACAGUGCUUACAGGGAAUGGACACUUCAGGGAAUGUUUUUUUUCUGAGAAACAAAUGUUUAACCAUUUUCAAAAAAGCAGAUGUAUCCCAGGACAUGUCAUGGUAUAUCUCAACAAAAUGUUAAUGUCCCAGUCUGCUUAGAGUAUUAAGUUCAUAAAGAUCACCUACUUUCAAACUAGUCUGAGUAUCACCAUUUAUCCACGGAGCAAGACUCCUGUAUAAUGUCUGAUAUGUCUAGACAUGCAGAUAUAUGCAAGCCGCGCGCCAGCCAAUCGGAGUCAACUUUACUAAAUCGUGACGUCAUUUCAUUCCUAAAUCAGGACUAAAUGGUUUGAUUGGUCAAUUCGAAUGCAGUGUUUUGUAAUACACCAACAGCCGGGCGUGAUACCGCGUAACAUGAUACACAGCGCGUGACACAUUUUUUUUAUCCAUUGUCUAUAACGCGCAACGGGUAAAUGACCGCAGACCCGAUAUAGAAAGCGCCCGCUGAUUGGUCAAAAUCUAGAAGGUCAAGAGGCGGAGUCUUGCCUAAUUAAUCAGCGAAUCUGUUCACACAUAUAACAUAGACUACAUUCAAACAAACACCAUGUGAAAUUAUGGAAUCUGGCCUUCUUUUUUGUUAAAGAUAAUUGUAAAUCAUUUAUUAAUUAUAAGUGAUUCCUUUUGGGGAAUUUCGCAGUUGAACUGGAAUUUUUUUGAGGUUUGGUAUUUAAAAUUGCAUUUUAUUUGCAUCUAAUCUCACUAAUUGUAAAUUUAAAAAUUUGAAUCUUUCACAGCAGCAUGCUUUCCAGUCUAUUGGGACAAAAUCACAAGUUGGGACAAAAUCGCAAAAUGGGUCAAAAGAAUUGGUCCCUGCAGCAUUUUUGUGUAUUUAAUAUAUUUAAUUUGUUCUGGAUUAGUGGUUUGCAAAGUUGUUGAGAAUCAAUCACCAGCCAAAUUACAAGUCAGUGACAAGCA